UUUUAUAGGAGUUUAAUUCAAUCAAUACACAACGGUAUAUGCAUAUUCAUUUUCGUUCAUUCUUAUAUUGUGGUUAAUAACUACGACCAUUCGUCAGUUGUGCGCUUUUAAUUACGUAUAUUGUCGAUAAGCUAUAAGAGUUAAACAGAUUUUAUUUUUUCCCAGAAUUCAAUAAAUCGGGCUAAUACGUCACGACCCACUCGAGAAUUCCACCAAAAAAGUUACAAAUACUUGAUUUUCUCCGUUAUUAGAAGGAAUAUAAAUUUAAAACUUUGCAAAUGUGUAUUUUAUGUUAAGAUGAACAUAAUUAGAUGAUAAGUAAAAAAUCGCGGAAUUUCCCUUUAAGAGGGAAUAUUUGGAAAAAAUUUAUAUGACUUUUAUUCGGACAAUUUUGGAGUAUUCGUCAGAAGUAUGGGACAAACAAAUUCUGAUCGAUUGGAAAAUAUCCAAAUCGAGGCUGCUCGAAUAGUUACCGGAUUAACAAGUUACGCUAGACGGAACAGUAUCUAUUUAGAGACAGGAUGGGGAAAAUUAAGCGUCAGACGGGAGGUUAAAAAAUUAUCUAUGUUUUAUAAGAUUAUAAAUAACCAAGCGCCAGAUUAUUUUCAUGAUUUGGUUCUGGAUUUUGUAUCCGAUAUUUGUAAUUAUAAUUUGCGUAACAGUCAAAAUAUUACUAUUCCCAUAAAUCAUUUAUCAGCAACAACAACAACAACAACAAUACUUUAUUUUAAACAACAACAAUACUUUAUUUUAAGAGGGUUACAAAGUUAGCUAUAUAACUAAUCUUCCCUGAGCAUGUACAUUAGUAUAAAAAGUAAGUAUGAUAAUGAUGUUCAAUACAACUUGAUAAAAUGUGAUGAAAUGUGAUGAAAAAAAUUAACAUGACGACAUGAUCAGUUUUUAAUAUUAUUGAUACUGUUACAGCUAGGUUGAUUUCAAUGAAUGAUCUGUUAUUUUGUAUUUGAAAAAAAUAGAAUCAGCUUAUCAACAGUCUUAUUUUCCGUCAUCUAUUGCACUGUGGAACUCUUUAGACUUAAGUAUAAGACAUAUUCCUACAUUUUCCUUUUUUAAAUUAAACUUGCAUAAACUAUACUAUAGAAAUAAUAAAUCUCCGAGAUUUGGUUCUUUAGGAGAUCGUUUGUAUUCUGUUUUACACACAAGGCUGCAUAACAGAUGUAGCGCACUGCGUGCUGACUUGUUCAAAGCAAAUUUGAUACAAAAUACAAAUUGUUCAUGUGGUUUUAUUAAUAAAAAUGUUGAACACUAUCUAUUAUAUUGUAUUAAUUUUUCAGCUCAGAGAAAUCUGAUGUUUAACGAAAUUAAUGUCUUUAAUGUAAAUUUACUAUUGAUUUAUUAUUAUUUGGUAAUCAUGCUUUAAUCGAAUGAUCUUGAUGAAUAUUUACUGUUAUGUUUUGUUAUCAAUAACGAUUCAAUGGAUUUUAACGAAAGAAUAUAAGAAUAAGUUUCAAAUCUAUUCUUACCAUUGUGCAACUGACAUCCUUUUCGUAAACUUGGAUAAUACAUGUAAUAUAUUCAGAUUCCACGCUUUAUAAUGAGAAAAACACGCACACUUAUUAAAGUUAUGUCCACAAGAAAAAAUUUGCGCAUAUAUAGGUAAUUCCACUAACUUUUCGGUGUGUUUGUGUCAUAUUUAUACUGUAAAAAGAUGCACUGGAUUAAAAUCCAUUGAUUCGCCUCAAAAAGUUUCCUUUUGUUUUCAUGUCUUAUACUUAAAUUAUUUGUUAGUAUGAAAUAUUUGAUGUAUUCAUUAAUUAAUGUAUAUUUUGUUUUUGUUUUGGAGAAGACGUUACUAAGUUGUAAAACUUGUGUCUGAUCUUUUUGUCAUUUUGAACAAUAAAAUAUGUUUAAACUAAACUAAACUUAAAUAAUCUUAACUUUUAUUUUUUAGGCAUGGAUGGGUAAUUACAAUCAAAGAGCCUUGCUGGUCAGGGUUCUAUGCUGUUCAGAAGACACACAAUGUUACAGGUCACAGGACAAUAUUAUUGAAAGUGUAAAAUUUUUUACUAGAGAAAAGGACCAGUCUGAGGCAUCAGAAGAAGUAUACGAUUGUCAUGAUUCCUUUGAACAAAGACCCUUGGAUAUUUUUUAUGAGACAAUAAACACUUUUUUGGAACCAUUUGAGCAAUCUGAUAUUACAUCAGAAUUCUGGAAGGACAUUAUCAGAUGUUUAGAGCUAUACGACUUUAAAUAUGAAAAAGUUGACAAAGUAGAAUUUUGGUUACCCCAAAAUAAUCCAAUGUCUGAUAAGGACUUAGAAGAGGCAUAUGCAAAGUUGUCAAUAGAACAGAGGCACUAUGUAUCAUCAUUUAAGACAGCAUUACAAACAGAUAUGACAAAUGGACGGGCUAAAAAUUGGAUUGAGGUAUUGAUGAAAAUACUCCUGACAUGUCUUGGGAGUAAUGAUAUGUGUGGCUCUACCACAAACAUACAUGACAGUAUUAACACUGCAUUGGAGACUGUUUUUGGCGAUUUUGAUACCCCGAUCACCCAGAUGGAGUAUAAUGCACCUUACUCUAGCACUCCAUCAAGUACCUCUUCAUCUUUGUUAAGCCUGUCUUCAUUAAAUCUGGAGUCAUCAGUCGCUGAAUCUUCUACAGGAUAUUUAGCAGAUCACAGAGUUUCAAGGCACACAAUAGUUCCAGAUUACUGUGUCGUGCUGCCUGAUUUUCCUGGUAUCUUUCCAAUAGUUUUUGAACUGAAACCUGCACACCGGGAGUCUCAUGCAAUUGUCCAAAAUAUACAACAAAUGUUGUCCAAACUUUUCUUUCAGGAUGUUGUGUUUGGCAUUGUUGUUUCACCCAGAUUAUUUCAACUAUCAGUAAUUAUUAAACAGGGAAAAGAUCUUCAUUUUGCAAGUACAAACAAUAUUUACAUUUACAAAAGUAAGAAUCAGGCUAAAAUACUUGAUUUGGGAGAGUUAAAUAAAAUGUGUACUUUUAUUUAUCAAGUGUUAAAGUGGGCAAGGACAACAAAAUGCAGACUAGAAAAUAAUCUUCAGAUAUAGGGAGAAUUGUCCAAUUUUGAUGGUGUUUACUUUUAUAUUUAUUUAUUGAAUGUCAAAGUUUGUUAGGAAAACAAAUUGCUUGUAGAAGAGGCGAAAUUCUUGUAGGGACUGGUAAGGAAGUGUAAUCUGUUCCCAAAGUUUUUUUAUUCACCUACCGUAGAAGUUGAAGGGGACUUACCUUUGGACUCUGUAUUUAUGUCUGUCUGUCCAUCCAUCAGUCCGACAAGUCAAUUUUCCACACUUUUUUCUUUAUACUUACAAUGACUUAUGCCCAUUUGAAAUAUAAAAUAUAUGUGCAAUACAGGGGACAUUGGAACUCUGUUCUUUUAUUAAGCUUAUUUCAGAUUUAUUAUGUUAACUCUCAGACAAAGUAAUUUCUGUUUCUGUAUACCGUAAAUUGAUUAGACUCUCUUCCCAAUUUUUAAUUGUGCUGGGCACUCAUUAUAUUUAUAUAAUUAGGUUGAUUAUAGUACAUUUUCAAAGAUCAAUUUAAAGGUCAGUUUAGAUUUGUAAAAUCAUAUUUAUUUUAAUUUUAUGAAUAUAUACAUGUAUUUGUCAUAAAAUGAUUAGUAUGCCCCACCUCUGAUAGUAAAGGGGAAUAGUGUUUUCUGGUCUGUGCGUAGAAUGCUUCUUUUUUUUUGGCCUUAAGAUAUUCAAUUAACCCACAUCUAUCACUACAGCCUUAUGCCUGACCUAAUUUUGAAUAAUAAACCAGCUCUGAUAAAUCCAAUCGAUCUGUCUCAAUUUUCUAUCUAUACUAAAAACAUUUGUAAUACAAUUCUUUGCAAAAUUCAAAAUGUUCCUUGGUACAGAGUAUGGAUGACCAAAAGACAAAAAUGAAGACAAAAUAACAAAGAGAUUGAAAAGCUAUGGUUCAUCAGAUGGUAGAGGUGUAACAAUACACUUUUGAGACAAACGAUGUAUGUAUAGCAAUGUGUCCUAUUGUAAAGAUAAAAAAAAGAAUAUGUGGUAUUAUUGCCAAUGAGACAACUCUCCACAAGAGACAAAAAAGACACAGCAAUUAACAACUAUAGGAAUUAGGAUGUAGAAUAUAUAUAAGUUAUAACCUUUUUAGGGAAAAAUACACCAUGCACAAAUAGUAAUAAUCACACAUGUACUUGCACCAUUCUGUAUCAUAAUAUAAUUAGCUGCCUUGCUAUGUGAAGAGAAAAUUAAACUGAUGACGAAUACAGUGAUUCAGUAUACAACAUUAAAUUGUUACAUCUCUAUAGCUAUGAGAUCACAUUUGCUCAAAUAAGGUACAACAGCUUUUAUUUAUUGAAAUUUUGUUUUAAGGAAAUGCUUUAAUGAAUUCGAAAAAUUGCAUUGUAACAACUAUCAAAUUGUAAAUAAUAUGAAAAUUUGUAAUUAGAAUGCUUUUACAGCAUUGUUUUAUAUACUGUAUAUCAAGAUAAAUAAUAAAGAUGAAUUCUA